CUGUGCCUAAACCAAGAUACUACAGGAGAGCCAAAGAGCAGACCGGUGUACCUCUCAGUGCACAGACUCUGAACUGUGGAUACAUUUUCAUCCUAGAGCUGACUAAGAAGAUUUCUUUCCUCUUGGGACUCUGGACAGUUGAUCUGUAUAGCUUUUAACUUCUACACAUUUGUAUUCCUUUGGAAGGUUUUACCAGCUUUCUCUUUUUGUUUAAGUGUUGUGAUCAGGAUGCUUAGUCUUUUCACUUUGCAACAAAUCAUUUCCACCCUUUUUGUGCUUGGUUGCACUUCAGUGAUGGCUGCAGAAGGUGAGUGCCCAGCUGAGUGCUCCUGCGCCCCCUCGCCCCCAUUGUGCCCCCUGGGUGUCAGCUGGGUGACCGACCACUGCGGCUGCUGUAAAGUUUGUGCUAGGCAAUUCAAUGAAGACUGCAGUGCCACUGAACCUUGCGAUCACAUCAAGGGGCUACGCUGCCAUCUGGGGGCUGGAGGGGAUCCCAAGAGAGGACUGUGUCGAGCUGAGGCCCAGGGUUUGCCCUGUGAGUUCAGUGGCCGGGUGUACCAGCAUUGUGAGAACUUUCAGCCCAGCUGCCAGCACCAGUGCACCUGUAUGGAUGGGGUAGUGGGCUGCAUGGCCCUCUGUCCUCACCAAGUGCCCCUGCCUGACUGGCGCUGCUCGCGGCCCCGUCUGGCCCGGCCUGAUACCGGCUGCUGUGAGGAAUGGGUGUGUGACGAUGACAACCACAUCAGUGUGGAGCCAGCUGAGCUGACACACACCUCCCUGCCAGACAGCCAGUCCUUUCCUAACCACAUCAGUACUUUGUUGGAAGCUCAACUGCAGCCUCGGCACCCAGCUCUCACCAGAGAGCCAAUAUUCAGAGAGAGUGUGCCCUUCCCCAUGUCUGAGGUAUUACUUGAAUCCAGCUGUUUCCCUCAAACCACUGAAUGGACCGAGUGUUCCACUACAUGCGGGAUGGGCAUUUCAAGUAGGGUGACCAAUAACAACCCUGACUGUCGGCUGAUCAGAGAAACCAGACUGUGCCAAGUCCGACAGUGUGAGCUGCAGCUUCCGGUAGCUAGCAAGAAGGGGAAGAGGUGUCAAAGAACGGUCCGCCCCCAGGAACCAGUCCGAAUCACUUUCGCUGGAUGCUCAACAGCACGGCGGUACCGACCUCGCACCUGUGGGACUUGCACUGAUGACCGUUGCUGCACAGCCUCUCUGUCCCGCACCAUACGGCUCCGCUUCCGGUGCCCCGAUGGAGAGGGCUUCUACAGAAACGUCAUGUGGAUCCAGCGCUGCAGCUGCAAUACAAGCUGUCAUACACACAGCAGGCCCUCCAGCCCCUCAGUGAGUCUCCACAAUGACAUCCAUACCUUCAGGCACUAAGGCUGACUCAUCAUGCCCAGCCCUUCCCUGGCACACUGGGCAAAGACUUUACACCGCCCCUCCUUAAACCCAUCUCCUUCCUGUCUGUCAGCUGGGUGGGAACCUUUGAGCUCCUGCCACCACCUUCCCCAACCAGGCAGUACACUUGCUUGUGUAACCAGUGUACGAAGAAAUCUAACUUCCUUAUAACUCUUUGAUUGAAACCACACCAAAUCCCGAUUUAUUUUGUUAUUUGUAUAAACAGGGUUAUACAGUGCUUUGCGAAAGUAUUCGGCCCCCUUGAA